UUACCUCAUACGAUGGCUCCAACUUGUUUGUUUCCCUGGAAAAUACAGAGUCAAUGGCAUCGAGAGCUGCAACACCGUCUUACCCCAGUGGUGCCAGGAUCGCCGAUUCUCCAUGCUUCCCACAGUACACUGCUUCUCUCAAAUGUCUGGAAGAAUAUGGCUCCGACAAGAGUAAAUGCCAAGAACAUUUUGAUGUUUACAAGGAAUGCAAGAAAAAGGAGAGGGAGGCUCGUUUGGAACGCAACAAGAAUCGGUCCUUGUUCUCAUGAAUCCCUCAAGAUUUUCUUCACUAUUCGUAUGAAGCUGAAGUUAUGAGUUCGUGGGGGGUUGAUAAUUUUCUCCUGUUGAGUUGCUAUAGAGUUAAACCGAUACUCAACAUAAACUCUGUAUAAUUGUUGACUACCUUAUGGAGUAUAGAAAUUCAAUACCAAUGUUCUUUAUUGUGUGCAAUAAUAGCAACUGUGGUUCACUUAGCUAUGGCAUGUAUCUUAGAAUUUCUGUUUCAAUGUAAUGAGAAGUUUAGACUUUAGUAUCAAUUACUUAUGCAAAAUAAUCCCAAAUCGUUUUAUUUUAA